GCCCAGCUGCGUAGCCUGCAAGAACCCACGCCCAGGGAGUGUCACUCCAGUCACGCGGAGCCUGGACGUCUCUGGAGAACAGUCCUGUCCGCUCCGGGCCAGGCAUCGAGGGGACAUCGGAGCCUCUUCACACCGCUCGAGGUUCCUCAUGACUUCUCUUGCGGACCAUGCCCAUGAUCUUUUUUGCCAGCGUAGUACGGGUGAGGGAUGGACUGCCCCUCUCGGCCUCCACUGACUUUUACCACGCCCAGGAGUUUCUGGAAUGCAGGAGGCAGCUCAAGGCCUUAGCCCGGAGGCUGGCUCAGUAUCCAGGCCGAGGUUCUGCAGAAAGCCGUGACCUCCACAUCUAUUUUUCGUCAUCGGGGGAUGUGGCCUGCAUGGCUAUCUGCUCACACCAGUGCCCGGCAGCCAUGGCCUUCUGCUUCCUGGAGACUCUGUGGUGGGACUUCACAGCUUCCUAUGGCACCACGUGCAUUGGCCUGGCCUCCCGGCCCUACGCUUUUCUCGAGUUCGACAGUGUCAUUCAGAAAACAAAGUGGCAUUUUAACCACAUGAGUUCCUCCCAGAUGAAGAGUGGCUUAGAGAAGAUUCAGGAGGAGCUUGAGUUCCAGCCUCCAGCAGUUCUGUCCCUGGAGGGCACAGAUGUGACAAAUGGCGUGCUGAACGGCCACACCCCAGUGUACUCUGAGCCUGCUCCGAAUCUCCGGAUGGAGCCGGUGACAGCGCUGGGUGUCCUCUCCCUUGUCCUCAACAUCAUGUGUGCUGCCCUGAACCUCAUCCGUGGAGUUCACCUCGCAGAGCACUCUUUACAGGUUGCCCAGGAAGAAUUGGAAACAUCCUGGCCUUCUUUAUUCCUUCUGUGGCCUGCAUGGUCCAGUGUUAUCUGUACCUGUUCUAUAGUCCAGCAAGGACUCUGAAGGUGGUGCUGAUGCUGGCCUUCAUCUGCCUGGGCAAUGUGUACCUGCAUGGGUUGAGGAACACCUGGCAGAUCCUCUUCCACAUCGGAGUGGCUUUUCUG